AUGGCUACAGAAAUUAACUUUGAAAUCCAGGUGGAUUUACGAUCUACUAUCAUCCGCGAUCCGGAUGACUGGUCCGGUAUAGGCGAUUCGGCCAAGCGGAAAACAAUUCAAAAUCGCAUCAAUCAGCGAUCCCGCAGAGACCGUCAACGGAAGAAUCAGCUGGUCCACCAGAAUGCGACAUCUCUUCCGGCUCUGAUCAAUGCUGUCCUGAAUCGCAAGGUAGACCUGAAGAUGCUCGUGGAUAGAAUGAACAUGCUCCAGCCGCAUUCUUCAAACAACAAAACCAUCGUCGAAGUGUUCGAAGCUAUUGUGAGCCAAGAUAGAAGUGCUGGAUUGGUCAGGGUCAACAUGUUAUCCAGCCUAUCACAGCUCAACUUUUCACGGACAUUGAUAAUGAAUGCCGCUGUUCUUGGGCUUUCUGAUGAUCUAAUGCAUGACGACGCUUGCUCGUUAUUUGUGGUCGCUGGACCGUGGCCGGUCGGGGUAAAUACCAAUGCCGAAACUUUGCCCCAUAGUCUUCGGCCGACCAGUCUUCAGUAUCACAAAGAGCAUCACCCCUGGAUUGACUUACUCCCAGUAGCCCAACUACGAGAUAACAUUAUUCAACGUGACGUGGACUCAUAUGAUGAGGCGGGUCUAUGCUGUGCGUUUACAGGGCGCGGUCUCGAUCAGGGUACUGGGGUAGUUGUCUGGCGCGAACCUUGGGACCCUAGCGGGUGGGAAGUGACAGCAGAGUUUGCUCGGACCUGGGGCUGGGUAAUUGCUGGUUGUUACGAUAUAUUCCGGUCUACGAAUAUGUGGCGCGCUCAAAGAGGCGAACGCCCUCUGUUCAAAUUAACAGCUUGA